UUCCUCCUUCCCCCUUCAAACUUCUUUCCUUGCAAGUAACAAACUUUCCCCAAAACCUCUCUCUUUCUCUUUCUCUCUCUAGAUUCAUUGUUUCUUUUUUUUCUUUUUUGCCCAUUUGAAUCUCUGGACUUUUUUUUUUUUUCUGAUCAAGAAAAAUGGAAUUUGAGGACCGCUACCUUCAGGUUCAGAGGCCAAAAUAUGACUGCCUUCUCUUUGAUUUAGAUGAUACUCUUUACCCCCUUUGCUCUGGCCUUGCCACAUCAUGCCGCAAUAAUAUAGAAGAUUAUAUGGUUGAGAAGCUUGGGCUAGAGAAGAGUAAGAUUGCCCAAUUGGGUAACUUGCUUUACAAAAAUUACGGCACCACAAUGGCUGGUCUAAGGGCAAUUGGGUAUGACUUUGACUAUGAUGAAUAUCACAGUUUUGUUCAUGGGAGAUUACCUUAUGACAACCUCAAACCCGAUCCUGUUUUGAGGCAUCUUUUGCUCAGCCUGCCUUACCGCAGGAUUAUAUUCACAAACGCAGACAGAGUCCACGCGGCCGAAUCACUGAGAAGGCUUGGCCUAGAAGACUGCUUUGAAGGAAUUAUAUGCUUUGAGAUUCUGAAUCCCACCCACAAGAGUGCUCCUUCUGAUGAUGAGGAUGACAUUGAGUUUGUGAGAUUAGACCACAACUCUGCUGAUCAUAACAAUUAUCCCACCACAACCACUGGUACCUCUGCUAUUUUUGACAUCAUUGGCCAUUUUGCUCAACCUAACCCCGUCUCGGCAUUGCCAAAGACACCGAUCGUGUGCAAACCGUCGGAGUCUGCCAUCGAACGCGCUCUCAAGAUCGCCAAAGUCAAUCCUCAGAGAACAUUGUUUUUUGACGAUAGCGUCCGUAACAUCCAAGCCGGGAAACGAGUAGGCCUCUACACAGUGCUGGUUGGCACUUCACAAAGAAUCAAAGGUGCUGAUUAUGCAUUGGAGAGCAUCCACAACAUAAGGGAAGCACUGCCAGAGCUUUGGAAUGUUGAGAAUAAAUCAGAAGUGGGUUACUCUGGCAAGGUUGCUGUGGAGAUCACAUCAGUCACUGCUUAGAUCAGACUAGAUCUUUGCCACCACCAAUAAAAAAAAAAAAAAAAAAUCUUAAUGUUUCCGAAUUUAAAAAAAAAAGAAAAAAAAAUUAUCAAUUAUGUCACUGUGCAGAUGUAAGUUGAUGUUUUUGUAUUGGUCCUAUUAGUAAAUCUAUAAUAAAAACAAAAUAUAAAAAAUAAAAAAAAGGAUCUUCUUUAGUGUUUUUUUUUUGUUUUGUUUUUUGGAAUGCCAACCAUUUCCCUGCUUCUGGGGUGCUUUA